AUGACUUCGCUCACUCUUUCAUACUAUACAAGUCCCGCAUCCCUGGCGAGUGAGUGGAAGAUAGAGUUGGUAUCCCUGAGCAGCACUUCCGGUGCGUCAAACUCUGCGACGCGUCCGUCGUUGAGGACGAGUACGCGGUCGGAGUCCAUGAUUGUGUGGAUCCGAUGGGCGAUCGUUAAGACUGUGCAGCGACUGAACUUCGAUCUCGACGGCAGCCGUCGCCUCAUCCAGAAUGAGGACACAUGUCCUCCGCAACAGUGCUCUCGACAGACAUAUCAGUUGUCUUUGACCCACACUUUACACAUCAAAUGCAAACAUCAGCUGUGGAAUAUCAGCUCCGGGCGUAGCGUACUGAAUUGUUUCAGAAACUCUACACUCAGGAGAUUUCGACAGGUGUUGAGAAGCAGGCUUCUGAAGUGUUUGCCUAGAGCGCUUAGGUUCCCGAGAAGAGCACCGGAUCCUGAGAUCAACGCCUUUGAGGACGAGAUCGAGUCCUUCGCGAUAUUUAGUCCCGUAUUCUGUGAAUUGAAUGCAUCCCUUGUUUGGCCAGUUGUCGGGUAUCUUCUGACCCGAAUACCACUCGGCCUCAGACUCGACCCCACAGUACUCGUCAACCCUCUCGACGGCCACCACAUUUCCAGUAUCACCUGGGUCCAUUGUACCCUUGGCCAGUACGGCAAACAGUGCGGCACAAAAUAUGAGACAAUUGGCCAACACUUCGAGCCGCACCUGAAGCCAACAGUUGGCGAUAGCGUUGGGAUAGAAACACAUCUGAUUCCUGUCCACCCGAUCGUCGGACUCGCGUAUGAAGCGGUCGUUGACGCCGUACGCCCUGAUAGUGGACACGCCGUUAACCGUUUCCCCGAAGUAACUAGUAGAUUUUCUAACCUCAUUGUCAUUUGCAUCAAUGAGUCCAGAAUAUCGAUGUCUUUACUGAAUCGGUUCAAUACCCGACCCAAUGGUGUCGUGUCGAAGAAACUCAUGGGUGCGCGCAUUGUGGCCCUCAAUAACCUCUGGUGCAGACUCUUAGAUGCGGACAGAGUGCCCGUCACUAUCGAUGUCCAGCCCAGGCAUACAAAUAUGGUCUCCCCGGCUGUGGCCCCGCUAUCGACUGGUGUGGGCGUCGGUAUUGUGGGUCCGGUCGAUGUUGUGGUGCGGCGUCUGAUGAGUGCCUUCGCCUCCUCGUCGUCGUCGCCGUCAGUCUUGUCG